AUGGCUCUCCUUUCCCCCGGCGGACUAUCUUCCCGACAUACUUCGAUGCUCGAUGUCCCCGAGGUCCUGGAACGGGUUCUAACAUUCCUAAACCUACAGGACAAGCUCUCAACGCGACUUGUCUGCAAACAGUGGUAUGCGGCUAGCAGGCGACUCCUUAGAGUUCAGACGGUCUGGCAGGAGAACCCUGUCCCAGCUAAUCAGUACCAUGUCCUUCGAGGUCUUGGUGGGAUCGAUUCGUUGACCUAUUCGUUGAGGCAGAGGGACUAUGAUAAUACGCCCAACGUUCAGGUUGCGUGGAGUCGGCUCAAAGACCGUGUCGAGACCGGACAGACGGCGUGUCUUCAAUCUUUGACGAUCAGCGGACCUGUCAACAUACAGAUGCGGAUUGCACCAUUGCUCCCUUACAUGGCAUCCUUGACCGCCCUCCACCUGCAGUCUGUCGGUCCUUCAAGUUACACUAUUACCCUCCUUCUCGAUAACUGCCCUCAAUUACGGACCCUCGAUAUCCAUUCAGGGUCGUCACUGCGUCCUCGACGAGUUCAAGUACUGGAAGCUGGCGAGCUGCAAGGUCCAUACAAGCUCAACACGCUGUCAAUCUACAUGGUGUGCAUUGCUCAGAAUUCAAUCGAAACCACCGUCGCCAACUGUCCUGCACUUAAGUCCCUAUCGCUCAUCGACCUCAUUGAUCCGCCGCUGCCCAUCCCUGGAUCUAAUACGACAACAGCAUCAUCAACAGAACUGACAACGACAACGACGUUAACAGCAGUAGCAAGGUCUGACAAGGAGCGACUGAUAACAACCAUUGGCGAGUCAUGCCCGAACCUCAGACACUUUCACUGCUCGGCCAAUCAAGGACACCGAGCCAUGGUCUCGCCAAUGUCACUCUUCACCAACCUACGAUCCUUGGGCCUCCCAGCACAAACCAUCUGCCCCGAGCUCGUCACCAUCAUCCAGGGCUACACCAGUAUGCUGACAUCGUUGACAAUCGAGGGAGUUUCCGAUAACAACGCGGGGCUUUCCGAGAGUCUCCAUCGGUAUCUCUGCAGCGCUGCAGCACAGAACCUGAAGCAAUUGGACGCACCCUAUGUCAACCUGGACGAUCGGCUCUUGAACCUCAAAGUCACCAUUCCCCCGAUGCCCGUCACUCCCCUUACGGCUAUCAAUCCCCCCCUCCCGACGACAACGUUUACCCCCGACAAAAUUUGGGCCUGCCGUGACCUCAUCUCGCUGAACAUCUCCUUCGACACCCAGAACAAUGCGGCCCGCAACCUUGCCGAGUCCUCAAGGAUCAUUUUCGGAUAUCUUUCCCAAGUCUGCCCACGACUUCAGCACCUCAAGAUCUGUCGAGAUGCCAUUGACUGUUCGUUGGAUGGCGGGCUCUGUCUCCUUAGUGAGCUAGACGAUCUCAGGACACUGGAAAUCAAGACCACGACCUUGACCAUCCUGAACCUCUGGGACUUUGGAUGGAUGGACAACGAACCGACAGUCUUGCAACGCCUCGUCGACAAGUUGUCUUUGAACGACUCGCGUGUCCAGAGGAGUUUCCGGUCUCGCUAUGAAUGGCUCGGUUGCAGGGAUUGCAGGCAUGUCGAUCAGCAGCGCCUAGAGCUCCUGGGCCUGAUCCCUUCUCCAUCCACUCUAUCAUCUCCCUCUACUACAUCUUUGAACACCCCCGCCGCUUCCCGACCUGCAGCCAACCCGACCCAGAACCAGAACCAGAGUCAACACCAACAUCACCAAAGAACCCUUUCAAACGGCUCAAGAUCAAGCAACAGGAGCAGCUACCACCACCACAGUCGAUCACGCAGCUACAGCGGCCGAAUGGAGCCCGUCAACAAUCCAGUUCGAUGGCCUCGCCUGGAAAGACUAACUAUCCGCCAAACGAACGAUCGUCGGAACCAGACACAAAACAUUCAUGGGUUUAUCAAGAAGAUGCGGCCGGAUCUUGCUUUCGACUUGUAG